ACAAUAUUGAUAAUGAUGUUCUUAGUAUAUCUUGUUAUUUGUUUCUCUCUAAUUGACUAAUAUAAUCUUAGAUUUUGGCUAAAUUAAUAAUGAAUGAUAUAUCUUAGUUAAAAGUUUGGCCAUCAAUCUAUGUUUUAAAAUUUUCUGUUGUAUCUCCGUUAAAAUAUGAAUUCAAAAUUAUGGUGAUUAGAUUCAUUACAUAAGACAGUAUAUUAUAGAGUAAGUAUGUGAGCUGACAAAAUAUGGGUGAGCAAUAAUUACGGAUUCGAUUUGAGUUUGGAUUUAGUUUAUUUGGUAUAAGAAAACUUUAAUCAAAGUAAAUCCAAAUUAGUUUGGUUUGGUAUAAUUUUAGUUCGGUUUGGUUUAUGUUCGAUUUAGUCUUAGUUCAGUUUGAUUUGUGUUUAUUUCGAUUUAAUUUUUUUUUGUGUCUAUUCAUUUUAGUCGAGUUGAUUUUUUAGUUGGGUUAUAGUUUAAUUACAAAAUUAUGAUUGAUAAGAAGAUAAACAAAUUACCAUUUGAAAAAUCAUUAUUUUCUUCAUAUUUAAAUAUAAAUCCAAAUAUCACAAUAAAUUAUAAGAUAUAAUCUAAUAAUUUUAUGUUAUUAUAUUCAAAUCUUAUAUAAAUACCAUAGGUAAUUUUCUGUUUUUGAUGUUAAUGCAGGAGAUUCAUACUCUUUUAUUUUAUUUUAGUUGUGUUGAUUCUAUUCAUUUAGAAGUAAAAAUGUAUAAAUCAUAUUUAGUUGUUUAGUUUAAAUAUAUUAAAUCUUAAUAUUAUUACUGUCAUAGUUAAUUAGCCUAACUAAAAACUCAUGUUUAAAAUCAUUUGGUUUGGUUAAAACUGAACCAUUUGGAUUGAUAAAAUCUUGAACCAAAUGGUUUAAACAUAUAAUUUGGUUUGAUAUGGGUCGUGAAUGAAUCGGUUUGAUUUGGUAUGGUUUAGAUUUUUUUCCCACCACUAUAACAAAGAAAUUUUCCAUUUCUCAGCGUCAUUAUCUAUUUUGUAUGUAUUUUUAUUUAUUUCGAAAUAAGGGUAUUUUUCAAAUACAAUCCCAUGAAGCCGUUACUACAAACCCUAAAUAACCUCAAAAAUAUCCAACGGUGGAUAUACAUAACGGGAAGACACGUGGUCGUUUAGGAUCACAACCUCCAGAUAUUCAGAGUGGUAAAACAAAAUAAAUAAACAAACGCCUAUUGGCUCUCAAGUAUCACCAAGUCGGCCUUUUUAUUCAAGUUUCGCGGCAACGCCUCUCUCUCUCUCUCUCUCUACAAUCCUUUCUCUCACCGAUCUAUCGAAGAGAUUCAACCGCCGAUUCUCCUUGAGCUUUGUAAUCGAUAAAACCGGAAGAUGGGGCCCAGUAGGACGUCCAAGAGUGUGUACAAACGUUCCAACAAAGAAGCUUCUCCAGAGAAAGAGUUAAGGAACUCUAGCAAAACCAAGCCAAGAAAGAAGAGAUUGACUAAUAAGCUGGGACCUCAGUGGACGAAAGUAGAGCUUGAGCGUUUCUAUGACGCGUAUAGGAAACAUGGGAGAGACUGGAAGAAGGUAGCUGCUGUAGUAAGGAAUAACCGGUCUGUUGACAUGGUGGAAGCUCUUUUUAAUAUGAACCGGGCAUAUUUAUCUCUGCCCGAGGGAACUGCCUCUGUCGUUGGCCUCAUUGCAAUGAUGACUGAUCAUUACAGCGUCAUAGAGGAGAGCGAAAGUGAAGAAGAAGAAGAAGAAGAAGAAGAAGAAGAAGGCCAUGGUGCUUCGGUUAAAUAUCAGAAGCGCAAACUGGCUCAACUUUCGUCUAGUGAUUUUCGCCAAGAAGUUAUUCCACCACAUUCAGUUGCAUCAGCGGGAGGCUGCCUCCCAUUUCUGAAGCUGACACAAGCUUAUGGAAUAGAGCGGCGUGCCGCUGGUAAGCGUACACCUCGGUUUCCUGUACCAAGUGAAUACGAGAGGGAAGAUAGAGAAGUUUCUAUGCCACCAAGUAAAAGAGCCAAGAAGCAACUUGAUGCCGAUGACGAUGAUACACUAGCGCUAGCAAUGGCAAAUGCAGCGAGAAGGGGAGAAGGAUCACAAUAUAGAAGAGCAGAAGUCAAUGGCAGCACUUCAAAUGGAAAAGUGUCACAAGCAAAGGAAGCUCAAUCCAAGCACGGUGCUAGCUCCAUGGUUAGGAAUGUGGUGAGAAUAAGGCGAGACAGAAGGCAUAUAAAGGCAGCGCCUGGUGGAGCUUUGUUGGUGAAUACGGAAGGGGUUGGUACCGUGGAGGUUCCCCCGAAGGGGAAAAAUGUGAGACUCGAAGAAGCAGAAGGAGCUGCUUCUAAUGACAGCGGAGAAGCAGGCAGUGCCAAUGAGGGAUUCAAAUCUGGAGAUGAAUUUGAAGCACUGCAAGCAUUGGCUGCAUUGUCAGGUUUACUGUCUCCUGAUGGUUUGACGGAAUCAGAAUCAAAUCCACAGUUGAAAGAAGACGCAAUAGCUAGCAACGUGGAUGAGAAACCUAACACUCCGGAAACCUUUGUCAGAAGCUAUCACAGACGAAAAUCAAAACAAGCAGGACCCGAAGACAGUCUUUCACAUCCAGUUUCACCUGCUAAUACUAGAAAACAGAAAUCUGCGCAGGAAACCAUUGAUGCUAAUGCUGCUUCCAUAGGGGAACUUGGCAUUUCAAAAAGAAAACGUAAAACUCUACAUGAUAAGGAAUCGGCUAAAGAUGAUGAUUUGAAGACUAUGUUCAAAGCGAGACGUGCUGAUCAGAGUCCACCAAAGAAGCUGAGAACUGCAAAAACCGCGGAAGAAUCUUCUUCACCUAGUGAUAAGAAAAUAACUGAACCAGAUGCAGUAGUGUCAGCUACACAAGUUUCAGGUCCAGGUCCAGGUCCAGCGAGUUUGCCGCAGAGACCACCAAACAGGCGUAAGAUGAGUUUGAAGAAGAGUUUACGAGAGAGAGCUAAAAUUUCUGAAACCACUCAUGAGAAGCCACAUAGUUGCAAGAAAGAGUUAUUAAAGGAGCAAGUUUCUACUUGUCUGUCAUGUCCAUUGGUACGUAGAAGGUGCAUAUAUGAAUGGUUCUACAGUGCUAUUGACUACCCCUGGUUUGCAAAGAUGGAGUUCAUUGAUUUUCUAAAUCAUUUGGGGAUUGGUACUCCAAGACUUACUCGUCUUGAAUGGAGCGUCAUUAAAAGUUCUCUUGGUAGAACUCGGAGAUUCUCUGAGAAGUUCAUACAAGAAGAGCGGGACAAACUCAAACAGUAUCGUGAAUCUGCGAGAAAGCAUUACACAGAGCUACGCACAGGUGCAAGGGAAGUGGUUCCUAGAGAUUUUGCGCAGCCAUUAUCAGUGGGGAACAGAGUCAUUGCCAUACAUCCUAAAACACGUGAAGUUCGUGAUGGCAAGAUUCUUACUGUUGAUCAUAACAAGUGCAACGUUCUGUUUGAUGACUUGGGCGCCGACAUGGUUAUGGACAUUGAUAUCAUGCCUUUGAAUCCGUUGGAAUACAUGCCAGACGGUCUGAUGAGGCAAAUCGAAAGCAAAGAAGCAGAGCUUAACAGACACCCAAGCUCUGAUAAAUCUGCUCUGUUCCCUCCUGUACUUGAAAAUAUCGACUUUUCCAUGGUUCCUCCUAAGAAACAGGAUGAUAGGGACAAGCGAGUCACUACUGAUCAAUCAUAUAACAUAGCUAAUGACAACGCAAGACAAGGUGAAAAUCAACGAGGUCUGAUGUUGGAGUAUACUUCAGAUGCAGAGGAAAUGGAGCCAGAAAUGCUUGAAAUAGUUAAUCUUUCAAGGUCAAUAGCACAAGCAAUGGUGGAUGCAGCUAUGAAGGCUGCAUCUUUGGUAAAGGAUGACAAAGACAAAAGGAAUGUGGUUCUACAAGCGUUAGACUCAAUAGUGUCUGGUUUAAAGCAUCAAGGCCAAACCAAUGGCAGCUUUGAGCAUCAUCAUCAUCAAAGCUGGUCUCCCUCAAACACUGAAGGUUUGAUGACUUCAGAGCUUAUCGCCUCUUGUCUUUCAACUUGGCUCAUGAUUCAGAGGUGCACAGAGAAGCAGUACCCACCAGCUGAUAUAGCUCAGGUGAUGGAGAUAGCAGUGAGAAGCUUGGAGCCAAGGUAUCCCCAGAACAUGCCCAUCUACAGAGAUAUUCAGACUUGCAUGGGGUGGAUCACGAAUCAAAUUAUGUCUCUUGUAAAACCCAUGAAAAUUUAACUUUUUGAGUUCUUUAUUUGUACUGUCUUGGAUGGAUGGUAAAGGUUAGUUUAGUUUUAGUUAGGUAAUAACUGAACAGUUAAUUCUUUUAUUGGGCCAGUUCGGGUUUUAAAGCCUUUGAAAUAAAAUUCACUCUCUUCUGAAA